CAGAGCCCUCCCGUGGCUCCAGAUUUCGAAGCGGCCACCACCGCUCACUUUCCUUCCUGGUUACAAAAGUUUGCGGAGCGUGUGGGUGAUUUAACCUGCUCUCCCGCUUCGUCCUCUCAGACCCUAGGAGCCUGCAGCCCGGGAGCAGGGGCGGAACCACUCCGGCCCCGGCGCGCAGGGUCCUUCCUGCCCCGCCUGUCCGCCCUGGGCCGCGCCCGCCAUGUCCUACCCUCAGUUUGGAUACCCCUACUCCUCGGCUCCCCAGUUCCUGAUGACCACCAACUCCCUGAGCACGUGCUGCGAGUCUGGUGGCCGCACACUGGCUGACUCGGGGCCCGCAGCCUCAGCCCAAGCGCCCGUCUACUGCCCGGUCUACGAGAGCCGGCUGCUGGCCACUGCGCGCCACGAACUCAACUCAGCUGCCGCGCUCGGUGUUUACGGGGGCCCCUACGGCGGCUCACAGGGCUAUGGUAACUACGUGACCUACGGCUCAGAGGCGUCUGCCUUCUAUUCGUUGAAUAGCUUCGACUCCAAGGACGGGUCGGGAUCUGCGCAUGCGGGCCUCCCGCCAGCUGCAGCUGCUGCCGCCUACUACCCUUAUGAGCCAGCUCUGGGCCAGUACCCCUACGACAGGUACGGGACCAUGGACAGCGGCACGCGGCGCAAGAACGCCACUCGUGAGACCACCAGCACGCUCAAGGCCUGGCUGCAGGAGCACCGCAAGAACCCGUACCCCACCAAGGGCGAGAAGAUCAUGCUGGCCAUCAUCACCAAGAUGACCCUCACGCAGGUCUCCACCUGGUUCGCCAACGCGCGCCGGCGCCUCAAGAAGGAGAACAAGAUGACGUGGCCGCCUCGGAACAAAUGCGCAGAGGAGAAGCGGCCCUAUGGGGAGGGCGAGGAGGAGGAGGCCGGCGAGGAGGAGGCACAGGAAGAGCCCCUCAAGAGCUCCAAGGGCGAAGAGGCUGUCAGCAGAGAGGACAAGGACCUGGAGCUCAGUGACCUGGAGGACUUCGACCCACUUGAGGCAGAGACCCCAGAGUGUGAGCUGAAGGCACCCUUCCAGCGCCUGGACAGCAGCCUGGAGCGCGGCCCUGCUGCACCUGAAGGCCCUGGCACUGGAGGCAAAGAGGCCUCCGGCCCGCUCCAGCUGCCCUUGCCCACGGAUGGUGGAGCUGCCCUGGAUGAGGACCUGGAGAGGGCCCCGAGCUGCCUCCGGAGCACAGUGGCCAGGGAGGAGCAACAGCCAGGCACAGAGGGUGACCCACAGGCCUGCGAGGCCAAGCUGGGCUUUGCACCUACAGGGACGCCAGGGGGUCUGGAGUCCAAGCCUCGCAUCUGGUCACUGGCCCACACGGCCACUGCUGCGGCAGCCACUGCCCUGAGCCAGACUGAGUUUCCGUCCUGCAUGCUCAAGCGUCAAGCUCCUCUUGCCCCUGCAGCCACAUCCUCCACACCCACCUCAUCCUCCUCUGUGGUCCCGGCACCCCUCGGUGCCCUGGACAGGCACCAGGACUCCCCAGUAACCAGUCUUAGAAACUGGGUGGACGGGGUCUUCCAUGACCCCAUCCUCAGGCACAGCACUUUGAACCAGGCCUGGGCCACCGCCAAGGGUGCCCUCCUGGAUCCUGGGCCUCUGGGACGCUCUCUGGGGGCCAGUGCCAACAUGCUGACAGCGCCCCUGGCCCGCACCUUCCCCUCUGCUGCACCCCAAGAUGCCCCAGCUGCAGGUGCUGCCAGGGAGCUGCUGGCCAUGCCCAAGGCUGGAGGCAAGCCCUUCUGCGCCUGAUGCCACCUGUCCAGCAUGACAGAGAAGGGAACCAGCGCUGGCCCAGAAGACCAGACUCUUUUUUACUGAGUUUCCAAAGGAAGGCAAGAGCGUGGCCAAGCCAAGGCUGCCAACAUACUGAGAAGGAGCACUGGACUCAGUCUCCCCAGGGCCACAGAGAAGCGUGUGCUGUCACCAAGAUCCCCUGGACCCACCUGGUCAUGAGUCUACCAGAGCCAUCCCCCUGAACUCCUGAACCCAGCAGGGAGAGCGCUCUCACAGCACAUGGGAGCACCCUUGAAGCAUCAAGUUUACAUCCGAAGUGUACAAGGAGAGGGCGUUUGGGCUCCUGGGCUUGUUUUGUGUAGCUGUCUCCAUGGGGUUGGGGGCAUGCCGGUCUUCGUUAUGAAUUCUCAGCCUGCUCAUCUUCUGACUUCAUCCUCAGCACAUAAUGCUCACCAACAGCACUUCCACCAAGUUUACACUGUUGCACAUUCUUGACUCGAUAAAAUUAUGUUUUUUAAAAUGUAUGUUCACACCAAUAAUUGCCUGCUUCAGAGAGAGGCUAAUAAAACCCAGUGAUGGU